AACAACUUUUUUGCUAUUGUAACAGUUGCGUAGCGAAUAACGACCUUAAGACCAAUCUUUUCAUAGCGUUCUGCAUUCUUAUAAUUUUACUGGUCAACUUCACAUCCUUCAACUCACAAUAAACUGUCUCAUGCAGGGACAUCUGACAGCUUAGACGUGCCCAAGCUUUUUUUAUUAGUUGGCACCAACCAAACUUUGUAUUUUCUAUAGUUUCGCAUACGCUGCCAUACACUACCAUACACUACCAUACGCUCCCUUUAUCCGCCAUGUCUUUCACGUCAACUUUGACCCUUAGGUCUCAUCAUGACCAGGGCGCUUCUAGAAGUUCUGGCACUGCCGACCAAGAAAACUUACCACGACGGCGCCGACGACAUUCUUCUUUUAUGCCUAGUAGAAGAAAUUCUUUGAUCCAGCAGAUCAUGGAUGGCGAGGAAGGUUUACUGCUUAAGGUGGAUUUGUUCCUCUCAGAACUAGAGAGGAGACUUGAAUAUCUCGAGGGCUGCAGCGAAUUGAUCGACCUGGAUUCAAGUAUAGCCAAAACAUUUGCUACGCUGCAAGCGGUACGGGAACGAUGCUCGCAAGUUUCGGAAGAGGUCAUCGGCGCUGGUCGACGUCGAUUGCAGGUUAUGGUUGAGACCUUGGACACGAGAUAUCAUGAGGCCUUAGCAGCCGCCGAGUCCAUGAACGAGAAAGCACACGUCGGUGUUGAACUUCUUGACGGCAUGCUUACUGAUUUCGAAACCCGAGCCUUGAAAUUUCGUGACCGGGGCUUUGCGAAUGCUGCCGACGCUGCCGGGACUUUGAUGGACGAAGGCCGACGAGUUGUGGACGAAAGUCUAGAACGUGCUCGUGGUGUUAUGGACGAUGGUAUUGAGCGAGCCUGGCGUGCCGCAGAAUCCGUCGAGGAGCACAUACAAAGAGCAAUUACUCGUGCAAGGGAGCAAGGCCUUAUUAAGUAUGAGGAGCUUCCCGUACCUUGGAGGGUCAAUCCUCAUAUCCUUAGCGGAUACCGAUUCACCGAAUCUAAGAUUGGGUGUGUUCGUUCAAUGUUUGGUGUUUCGAACGAAACGGUUAACAUUUGGUCUCACGCAUUUGGUUUGAUAAUAAUGUUGUCAAUCGCUUUCUACUUCUACCCGACCUCGGCCAAUUUCUCUCUUUACUCCAAGACGGAUGUUUUUAUUGCCGCCGUUUUCUUUUUCGCAGCCUGCAAGUGCCUGAUCUGCAGCACCAUUUGGCAUACUAUGAACUGCGUUGCAGACCAAACUUUGAUGGAACGUUUCGCAUGCAUCGAUUACACCGGCAUCUCAUUACUCAUCGCAGCAUCGAUCAUGACAACCGAGUAUACCGCGUUUUAUUGCGAACCUAUUAGCCGCUGGACAUACAUGACCGCCACUGCUGUUCUCGGCAUCGCCGGCACCAUCCUCCCUUGGCAUCCUAAGUUUAAUGGACAGGAUAGGGCUUGGCUGAGGGUGGGCUUCUUUGUGGGAUUGGGUGCCACCGGUUUUAUGCCUGUUUUCCAGAUUAUUCUAACUCGAGGUUCUGCUUGGGCAUAUGAGUUCUACGCGGGUUCCAACUUAGUCAAGUCUCUCUUGGUCUACGUUCUUGGAGCUUGCGUCUACGCGAGCAAAGUCCCCGAGCGGUGGUUUCCCGGUGCUUUCGACUACUGUGGCAACGCACACAACCUAUGGCACUUUGCAGUACUUGGUGGAAUUCUUUAUCAUUAUGUCGCUAUGCAGGACUUCUUCUCUGGAGCCUUUCAACGAGCACAGCAGGGCUGUCCAGCCUAUUAAGCAAAAUCCCUCAACCAAUACCAAGACGCCUAGUUAUUUACAAUGGACUGCGCAAAUUCCGGAACCGCCCGAUUACAUAUGUCCUUGCAAAGUUGUGCCCUAAA